AUGGACGCAAAGGUUGACACGAACGACACGCUGGCUUGCACUUAUGCCUGCCUUAUGCUCAACGAUGCGGGUUUGCCCAUCACGGCGGAGAGCAUCGAGGUUGCGUGCAAUGCGGCGGGUCUGAAAGUGCGCAACACCUUGCCCAUUCUUUUUGCCCGCUUUCUUGAAAAGAAGCCACUGGAGAGCCUCUUCGCCGCCGCUGCCGCGAAGGCCCCCGCCGAGGGUGCUGUAGCUGCCGCUGCGGCUGGCGGUGCUGCUCCUGCUGCCGCUGCCGCCGCCCCUGCAAAGGAGGAAAAGGAGGAGGAAGAGGACGACGAUGAUAUGGGCUUUGGUCUCUUUGACUAG